CUAGCUAGUCUAAAAGCUUCAUUAAAAUCCCAGCUGAUUUUCUCUUCUAGAAAACAACUAUUUAAGGAGCUGCCCUUCAGCAAAAUCUCUUUCAUCCAAGGCAACCAUCCCCUCACUUUCUCUCCCACAUAACAGGAGAAGAGGAGAGACAGCAUUCAAAUAUUCUAACUUUUCAAUAGAUUAUUCAUUGAUUUCCAACUCUUGCAGUUUCUUUUAGUCUUCUGAGAGAAGUUUGGAAGAUUUUCUUGAACAAUUUUUGUAGUUUCAAGAAUGGAGGGAUCAUACAGUUAUGAUAGGAGUGAUGAACCCAUAGAACUGCCCCCUGGUUUCCGAUUCCAUCCGACCGAUGAAGAGCUCGUGUCUCAUUACUUAUCUCCGAAGGUACUCGACCGCAACUUCUCCACAAAAGCUAUAGGCGAGGUAGACUUAAACAAGGUUGAGCCUUGGGAUUUGCCAUGGAAGGCGAAAAUCGGGGAGAAAGAGUGGUACUUCUUCUUCUUGAGGGAUAGGAAGUAUCCGACUGGGUCGAGGACUAACCGAGCCACGAGUGCUGGAUACUGGAAGGCCACGGGGAAGGAUAAGGAGAUUUUCCGAGGACAAAUUCUGGUUGGGAUGAAAAAGACUUUAGUUUUCUAUAGGGGAAGAGCUCCUAAAGGAGUUAAAAGCAAUUGGGUUAUGCAUGAGUAUAGAUUACAAGGAAAGGGUUCCAAUAUUUUCUCUACAGCUUCAAAGAAUGAAUGGGUGAUUUGCAGAGUCUUUAAGAAGGGCUCAGGAGGAAGUAAAGUCCAUAUAUCAGGGCCGUCGAGUAGCGGUGAUUCUUGUCUCGAUUUACCUUCGUUGAUCGAUUUGUCAUCUGGUGAAAAUACAACGAAUGCUGCUGCUCGAGGAUCUCAUGUGACCUGCUUCUCCAAUCUGAUACAAGAUCAGCAAGAUACAUCUGUUGACAAAUUUACCUCUUCUUCAAACAUGAAUUUCCUUGAUCCACGUAUCGAAGAUUUGCAUUGCCCAGAUUCUAUUUCGAAACAAGAACAGACAACACUACACCGUUUGUGCAGAACAAAUAGCUCAUACAUUAAGCAAUAUGCCGCAACUGAUUUUGAUGAUGGAGAUAUUUCCAUCAUUUCAAGCGGGCAAAUUGAGUUAGAUUUCUUGUGGAACUACUGAGUUUUAGAAAAUGUAGAUUCAGAAUAAGAGAAGCAGCAGAAGAUUUGGUAUUCAGAGUCUGUUAAGAUUAUUGUUUCUGCAUGCAUUUCUUAGCUCAAACAUGUACAAAAAUAUGAUCAAAUCCUAGCUGUGCCUAAUAACUCAUUUCUUCAAUAAUAUUAUGAUUUUGGAGACCUA